AUGGCAAUGACGCACCAUGGCGGCGGUAAUAUGCAUACAAACUAUGAGAAGGGACAACGCUUGCCAAAUACUUAUCCUAAUAAUGCCGGUCAUGGGAUUCCCAUCCAAAACUUAGAAGCCAACCGAGUGAGAUCCCAAAUGGUCUCAGACAUUGUUGACUUUGACGACCAGGGCUACGAUCAGGAAAGUGAUUCAGGCAAUCGAGACUCUCAAAAGAUGGAUCCAGACUUCCCUUCAUUCUACCUUCCUCGGGCAGGGGACCCCAAGAAGAUCAGUGUUACUCGGGUCGAUUUACCAACUCCAAGUUUGGUCAGCCGGAUCACAAACUUCUCGUAUCCCAUGCCCCGGGUCGUCCCUUCUCCUCCAAAACUACCAGGUUCGAUUUUAAACCGUCCACGCUACAAGUACGGCCAAAACAAUCUCAGGGAUGGAAUUCCCAAGCCACCCAGCCCACCUAGUCCUCCCAGUCCUCCCAGUCCACCUAGUCCACCUAGUCCACCUAGCCUACCUAGUCCUCCUAGUCCUCCUCCCAGUCCAGUGAAUGAGACCAUCACCCGACCGGGAUCUACUGCGACGCCUGGUUUCGCAAAUAAUCGUUACAUACCUAACAAAGGAAAGAAAAGGAAAACCAACGCCAAUGUGCUGAGUAUCUUGCAUAAAAGCAGUGUUCGAAAGUCAUCAGCCAAGUCGAUGAUGCCCAAGCGACAAAGUGCGGUGUCGAUGAGGUCGAUGAUGGCUAAACGACAAAGCGCCUUAUCGUCGAUCAUGCUCAAACGACAAAGCGGCUCCCGACGGGCUGAAAGAAAGACAAGAGCAUCCGUCAGCUCAAUCGACAUUCCUGAUCCCUAUGGCCACAGUAAAAUAAGCCACGCAGCUAUUUAG